UGUUUCAGUGACGGUGUUACAGUUGCCUGUAUGCCACCAGCUCAAGAUCAUAAACGCUUACUGGAUGGGGACCAGGGGCCAAAUACAGGUGGAAUGGGAUCUUAUUGCCCAACCCCUCAGGUUUCCAAAAAUCUUCUCCAAGUGAUCAGGGAAAACAUUCUUCAGAAAACAGUUGAUGGCAUGAGACAUGAAGGAACCCCUUAUGUUGGGAUACUAUAUGCAGGGUUAAUGCUAACCAAAGAUGGACCGAAGGUGUUGGAGUUUAAUUGUCGCUUUGGCGAUCCAGAAUGUCAGGUCAUUCUUCCCUUAUUAAGCAGUGAUUUAUAUGAAGUAGUACAAGCAACUGUGGAUGGAAAACUUUCCAGAGUCAUGCCGUCUUGGAUGGAAAGCAGUGCAGCUGUGACUGUGGUUAUGGCUAGUGGUGGUUACCCAGGCAGCUACACUAAGGGCCACAUGAUCACAGGUUUGUCACUUGCAAAGGAUAUGGGUCUUCAAGUGUUCCAUGCAGGCACUGCAAUGAAGGAUGGGACGGUUGUGACAAAUGGUGGUCGAGUGCUUUCAGUAACGGCUGUCCGUAAAGACCUGAUUAGGGCAGUGAAAGAAGCAAAUAAAGGGGUUGAAACUGUUCAGUUUCAAGAUGCUGUUUACAGAAAAGACGUUGCACAUCGAGCCAUUGCAUUCACAAAACAGUCUAGAGGACUGACUUAUAAAGAUAGUGGUGUUGAUAUUGCAGCUGGGAAUGCUUUGGUUCAUUCAAUAAAACCACUUGCGGCAGCUACCUCCAGACCAGGAUGUAAUGCCGAGCUUGGAGGAUUUGCAGGCACCUUUGACCUGAAGGCAGCUGGGUACACUGAUCCAGUCCUUGUCUCUGGAACUGAUGGAGUUGGAACCAAACUUAAGAUUGCCCAGAUGUGUAAUAAACAUGACACAUUGGGCCAAGACCUGGUAGCGAUGUGUGUAAACGAUAUUCUGGCACAAGGAGCAGAACCACUCUUCUUUCUCGACUACUUUUCCUGUGGGAUGUUGGACGUCAGUGUAGCACAGACUGUGAUUGCUGGUAUUGCGGAGGCUUGUAAAAUGGCUGGAUGUGCACUGUUAGGAGGAGAAACGGCUGAAAUGCCAGGCAUGUAUUCCCCGGGACAGUAUGAUCUGGCUGGCUUUGCAGUUGGAGCAGUGGAACGUGAACGGCUUCUCCCGCAGCUGGAGAACAUCUCCGCAGGUGAUACCAUCAUUGGCAUCGCAUCGUCUGGUCUCCACAGUAAUGGCUUUAGCCUCGUUCGAACCAUUUUCGAGAAGUCCUCUUUCCAGUGUUCCUCCCCAGCACCAUCCAGUUAUGGUUCAAAGACCCUUGGGGACGUGCUUCUGACACCCACCAGAAUUUAUACUAAGGCCUUGUUGCCAAUUCUGCGCCUGGGACUUGUGAAGGCUUAUGCUCACAUCACUGGAGGUGGACUGCUCGAGAACAUCCCCAGAGUGCUUCCUGAGAAGUUUGGUGUUGUAUUAGAUGCGUCAUGUUGGAAGAUUCCUGAAAUCUUUUCCUGGCUACAAAGACAUGGGGCCCUUUCUGAAGAAGAGAUGGCUCGCACCUUUAACUGUGGAAUUGGAGCCGUGCUCGUAGUCGAUAAAGAGAAAGUUGAAAAUGUGCUGCAAAGUAUACAGAGCCAUCAUGAGGCAUGGGCCAUUGGAAAAGUUGUGCCACAUAAAACAGGCUGUGAAAAGGUAUCAAUUAAAAAUCUCAUGAAAAUGCUACACUUAAGCCAGCAGUCUGAUCAACAUGCUACAGGUGAUGAUUUAUCACGAGAUUCUUCGCAGACUCGGAAAAUGAGAGUGGGUGUUCUCAUCUCUGGAACAGGGACAAACCUUCAGGCCAUUAUAGAACACACCAAGGAUCCUGCUAGUUGUGUAGAAAUAGUAACUGUUAUCUCCAACAAACCUGGUGUCGAAGGACUGAAGAAAGCAACUCGAGCUGGCAUUCCUACACGGGUAAUUGACCAUAAAUUGUAUGGCAGCCGCUCAGAGUUUGAUAAUACUGUUGAUCAGGUCCUUCAGGAAUUCUCCGUUGAAUUGGUGUGCCUAGCAGGAUUUAUGAGAAUUCUCUCUGGUCCCUUUGUUAAGAAAUGGAAUGGGAAACUACUGAAUAUCCAUCCAUCACUGUUGCCUUCUUUCAAGGGAGUUAAUGCCCACAAGCAAGUGUUGCAGGCUGGGGUACGGGUGUCUGGCUGUUCUGUGCAUUUUGUAGCUGAAGAAAUUGACGCUGGAGCAAUUAUUGUGCAGGAAGUUGUUCCGGUACUGGUGGGAGAUUCUGAAGAGACCUUGUCCGAGAGGGUGAAAGAAGCUGAGCAUGUAGCAUACCCUGCUGCUAUCCAACUAGUGGCCAGUGGAGCAGUACGUUUAGGUGAAGAUGGCAAAAUCUGCUGGAGAGAGCAGAAGGCAAUUGAAACCAUGCAACAUGGGACUGGUUACAAAAAUUGAGGAAUUUUAGAAGGGGAGAACUGUGAAAGAAAUUGAAAUCCCUUUUUCUGAUUUGCUUAUUGUCGUUGUUGUCCGUUCCACAACCAUAUCUCAUGAAGUGGAAAACUAAAAUUCUCUUAUGUGCUCAAUUUAAUUUUGUUACUUAAAACAGAUUAUCCUUAACAAAGUAACUUUAUCAAAUAAAAAGACUUUUUCACAGAAAUUAA